AUGUCGGGGAAAAAGCCUUCUCAUUUUCGCUUAGUGCAAGUUGGUUUUAAGAGGUUGACACACACGCCUUACCGCUGCCGUCAAGGAUCAAUUAAGCAAAAUGAUAACCAGCAGUAUGAUAGCUCUGUGGCUGAUGACUUUCAAGUAAAUGAUGAGCACAAGCAAACAGACGUUGAUAUUGAGCUAGAGAAUCUUAUAUUUGAAUGCAGAGGACUUUUGGCUUCAGAGAAAGAGGAUGCCAAGAAAUGGUCUGAUCGCAUGGAAGAGCUUCAUUCUCUUUGGGAAAAUAAUAGAUCUACCAUAUUGAAACCUUGA